CUGAUUUUAGGUAAAUUCUACGGUGCGUACGUAUCCACGGUCUACGUAUUCAUCAAGUCGCUGCACCUAUUUAAUGUGGUCAUUCAAUUCCUGUUGUUGAACUCAUUCCUUGAAACUGCAGAGUAUCCACUAUUUGGAGCCCAUGUGCUUUACGAUCUACUGUUGGGUCGCGAAUGGAGGGAUUCUGGAAAAUUCCCACGGGUAACAUUGUGUGAUUUCGAAAUCAGGGUAGGUUCCACUUUUUGGGUUUCUUGUUGUUCCUUCAAAUUCGUGUUAGGAAAUGUGCACCGACAUACCGUGCAAUGUGUUCUAGUUGUGAAUAUGCUAACGGAGAAAAUCUUCAUUUUUCUAUGGAUCUGGUUGUCGGUGCUUGGGCUAAUUACGGCCUUAAAUCUGCUCUUCUGGCUUUGUGCUCUUGCCUCCGCUCAUUGUCGGCAAAAUUUUGUGGCCAAGCAUCUCGACAUGGAAUCAGAUCAAAUAGGGAGGUUCACUGAUCGUUUUCUUCGACCUGAUGGAGUCUUCCUACUGCAAAUGAUUGCCAGUCAUGCUGGCAAUCUCACAUGCGCGAAGGUGACUGAAGCGUUGUGGCUAAUAUUCUUACGAAGAAGUGGAAAACCGGUGUUGGACGAGAAGGUCGAAAGCUCCGAAAGGGGAGAAUGGGAA